AUGUUUAGUUUUAUAAGUGAAAGGGAUCGUGGCCAUUCAUCUUAUGCAGAUCAUGCUCCAGCCAUUCUCUUAAGAGAUUCCAAGGACUGUGGCAUUUUAACUUGCCGACCUGCAUUCCUGCAGAGAUUUGCUGGAAUAAAAGUUUUUGUGUUCCUGCUCUCCUUUUUGGUGACAUUACAACAAGCUCUGAGCUCAGGAUACAUAAAUUCGGUCAUCACCACCAUCGAGAAGAGGUUUGAGAUCCCGUCCAGCCUCUCUGGGCUCAUUGCGUCCUCUUAUGAGAUUGGCAAUGUCAUUACCGUGAUAUUCGUGAGCUAUCUGGGUAGCAGGAGACAUAUCCCUGUCUGGAUUGCAGUAGGUUCUGUGAUAAUGGGUAUUGGGUCUGUCAUAUUUAUGGUCCCUCAUUUCAUAGCAGAGCCUCACCUCUCCUCCACAAUGACCAAUACUUCUUCAGAUAAUAUUUGUCGUGGAGUAUCUGUUCGUGAACAAGAUAUGGGUCUUGGCAGACUCUCAUCAGGUCUCUCGUCUCCCCCCCUCGCUCCUCACAACAACCUUCGAGUAGACAACUGCAUCCAAGGUUCACCAUCAACGGCUGGUCCUGUGAUGUUAUUUGUAUUGGCGCAGCUGCUACUUGGUUGUGGGGGCUCCCCACUUUUCACAUUGGGCACUACAUACAUUGAUGACCAUGUGCGCCCAGAGAGUGCCUCCUUGUACAUUGGCUGCAUGUACAGUAUGGCAGCUUUUGGACCUGUUUUGGGCUUCCUCUUGGGAGCUUAUUUGUUGUCAUUCCAUAUGGAUUCCCUAUCUGGCUCUGUCAUUUCAAUUGAUCCUGGUGAUCGAAGGUGGGUUGGUAUGUGGUGGGGAGGAUUCCUACUUUGUGGUUUGCUGUUGAUUCUGGUUGCUAUUCCAUUCUAUGCAUUCCCUAAGACGUUACAGAGAGAAAAAGAGAAGAUUCGUCUAAUGGAAAAGUCUAGACCUGAACCUAGUAGGCCUCAGAAACCAGCUGAUGUGAAUGCCCCUCAAGGACAAUCUAAUGACACUGGAUAUGGAAAGGAUGUAAAAGAUAUCCCUCGUUCAAUGUGGCGCCUGGUAUGCAAUCCUGUGUAUGUGGUGACAUGUUUGGGUGCCUGUAUGGAACUAAUAAUUGUAUCAGGCUUUGUUGUGUUUUUGCCUAAGUAUCUGGAAACACAAUUUAGUCUAGGCAAAAGCCAAGCUAGCGUAUUUACUGGAUCAAUUGCCAUUCCUGGUGCAUGUAUUGGGAUCUUCAUGGGAGGAUGCCUUUUGAAACGACUGGAACUGAGGCCGAAGGGUGCUGUGCAAUUUGUACUUAUAUCCAACACUGUUUGUUUGGCGUGCUAUGGCCUCUUGUUUUUCCUCGGCUGUGAUAAUGUUAAGAUGGCUGGCACCACAAUUCCAUAUUUUAACAGCUCCAAGCCAGAACCAUUUCAGGUGAAUUUGACAGCAGCCUGUAACUUUGGCUGUGAGUGUCAUAUGACAGAUGUGGAGCCUGUAUGUGGCAACAAUGGCCUAACUUAUUUUAGCCCAUGCCAUGCAGGCUGCACUGCCUUUUCAUCUCGCUCAAACUACACCAAUUGUGCUUGUAUCCAUGGAAAUUUCAGUCAACUGGCAACAAGUGGAAGUGGUUCUUCAUCUACUGAAUUUGCUGAAGUUACGGUGGUACCAGUUGCCACAGCUGGACCAUGCAAUUCUCCAUGCCGCACAAUUUUUCCUUUUUUAAUUCUUCUAUUUUUUAUGACAUUUGUUGUUGCUGUGACACAAAUGCCUCUGCUUAUGAUAGUGCUUAGAUCUGUUGGUGAAGAAGAACGUUCCUUUGCACUUGGAAUGCAAUUUGUCAUCUUCCGUCUGUUUGGUUAUAUUCCUGCCCCAAUAUUGUUUGGGAAUUUAAUUGAUUCAACUUGCCUUUUAUGGAAAAGUGCUUGUGGAGAAAGAGGAGGAAGAUGUUUACUUUAUGACAUUGAACAGUUUCGAUACAGAUACGUUGGCAUCUGUGCUGGAAUAAAGAUUCUGGCACUUGCCUUAUUUCUUGUCGAUUGGUGGUUUGUUCGGCGACGAAGGCAACUGGAAGAGCAGGCUGCUCUGACAGUCAAUGACUUAGUGGGUUCAAUUAUUAGUCUUGAUAAAUUGUUCGAAGAGCGUCCAGCUACUAGUCACCAUGCAGAUGUCAAAACACUUGCCAUUGGAUCAUCGUUUCCUCCAUCAGAGCAACCCACUCCAUCAUCUGAUUCAUCUGCAGAUGUGUUAAGUUCCCGAAUUCCACCCGUGGCCACACAGACAUUAGAUUUACACCACCAUGACACUGAUAAUGAUUCGAAGAUAUCUCCGUCAUCUGAGACUCAUUCUGAUGCCAGUGUCACAGAACCAGCAAAAGAACUACAAGAUGUGAAUAUACAUCAAUAGAAGCUUUAAAUAGUGAAAGUGAUUAUUGAAUAAACGAUAUAAAAGUUAAAAAUAUUUAAUACAGAAAUAUAUUUUAUUGACUCAAGUGAAUUUUGACAUUUUUAUUUAAGAAAUAAAGUGCACAGAUUUAAAGUAUUCUUUUUUUUAAAAUAAAUUGCACUGUUAUUUUUGUCAAUGACAAAUCUAAUCAGAGAAAGAAACUCUUGUUUGCUACCAUAAUUUUCAGUUAGCGUGAAUGAAAUGCAUGAUAGCAUAUAGCAUCACCAGUGACCAGCAAAAGUAUCUUGGCUUCAAAUUUCAGCUUCAAAAGAACUGUGCUUCAUAACUUCAAAACAUUUCUGACAGAAAAUGAAACUUGAUGCCUGCCUUAUAUAAAGUAGCAAAUAUUACUUCAUAGUAACAUAGACAUGGUAGUGUCUUAUGGAGAAUGAUCAUACACAGAGACCACGGUUUUUGGAGUACAGCUAAAUAACCACACACAUCCAAGUUGCUUCCAAUUCAAGCUUAUACCAAACAAUUUAUAUUUAAUGGCUUGCAACUUAACAAGAAGAUUAAUUCUUAUGUUUAAUAUCGAGGGAUAUAAUUCAGAAUUUCUUUAUUUAUUUUUACUUUGUACUGGACUGUAACAGCCUUCUUUUGUGAAAUUUCGGUCAUUGGUAUUUUGUGUGCACAACUAUCCAAUUCAAGAGAAGUAAAGAAAUUGUUGAUCUCUGAUUUGUAAGUCAAUUGUAUCUUCAAAGACGUGCUGUGAAGUGAUAAAGUGAUUUGUGGUGAGCAGUUACUGUUGGGAUUGAGAGAUGAGAAACUUUCAUAGUGUCCUUAGUAAUUAUAUUUAUAGUAAUUUCUCCAAAAUUGGAGAAUCAUCACAAUGCAAAGAUAUAAAGUGAGCUGUGUAUUAAUAAAUAGUUAUGUUAUGCUCUAUUUUUCUGUAGUUAUGUUUGAUUCAAUUUCUGUUUUCAGAAAGUUAAUGGUUUCUUGGACAAAAGUUCUCUGUGAUCAUUUUCAAAAUGUAUUAUUAUACAACUGCAUAUACUUUGGGAAAUGUGAUAUCUGACUUAUGGUGGUACUUACCUCAAAAAUAUUUGCUGUGGUUGGAACUUAAUAUUUUCAUUUCUAAAUUGACAAUAAAAAUUUGGCUGCUUAACAUCUAAAUGGGCCCUGUGUCAUUCAACUCUUGAAAUAGAGAGUGACUACUAUUGAUGAGUACUGUUCCAAAUUUCAUGAAAAUAAUUUUGUUCCGUUUCAUGGUGGAUAAGAAUGAGGACCAACUGACCAUUUUAAAUGGCUAUAAAAAGGAACUUGCACAUUACAAACAUGAAAGAACAAGUUUUCCACCUUUUCAGUGUAUUGUCAAAGUAAAUUUUAGUUGUAUACUAAUGAUUAAGUGAUGUGUACACACACAUGCAACAUUUCCUUAUGAGACCGUGGAAUAUUGUGCACAUCUAAAUUGUUCACUUUUAGAUUUUCAAUUCUUUCAUUGUAAAAGCAUUGCUAACAACUUCCACUUCAUAAAACUUCAGGGAAUGCAAAAUUAUUCCGUAUGUCAAAAUUUAGAGAGAGGUUUAUGACACUCGAAGCAGACUUCACUGCUUUCACAUUUGAUUCAUAUUUCUCUUUAGACAGCACAAUGUAUUACAGCACUUAAAGUCUAAUGAUAUAUAUUAGGCACAGGCCUCACUAUUGGCUGUGAAAAUUUCAGUUACACAAAUUAUAUUGCCAUUAUGUUGUCGGAAGACUAUUAGAGUAAAUAUACCAUAGUUUCCAUGGUAGAUGUAUUCAAUCCAAGUUUCAAUAUAUUUCUUGUUUAUUCACCUUACAAGAGAUAGGUUUAGAAUUAAACAAGUAAGUAGAUUUGGGGGGAAACCAAAUAUACACACCUAGUUGUCUUUAGUGAAAUUCACAUUACAACUAAUGGUUGUGUGUAUACCUUAACUCCAGAGCUGAUGUGCACAGGUUUGCACCAAGUCUGAGGCCUUAAUUCAGCAAUGUUAAUAAAUGUUGGCCUAUCUUUUGAUGUUAAGCAGAGUUUUUAUGGCUGUGGAAUCAAAAGAUACUUUAUUUGUAGCAAGUUUUUAAUGCUUAAGUUUCUUAAUAUAUUCUGAAGGCAUAACGCGCUAUAGAAUAUAUUUUAGUACAGAGAGCAUUUUUAAUAAAUGAAAAAAAUUGACAAUUUGUUAGCUAUGUUUGGAUUUGCCAUUUGUGACACUUCAGGGAUGUACCAGUAUUUGAAAUUGGUCCUUUCAACAAUAGUUGUUUCCUUGUAGUACAUAUGAUUGUUUUCUUUGAAGAGAGAAUUCUUACAAACCACCACUGAGAAGUGUGUUAAAUCAAUCAGUCAUGACCGUGCAGCAUUACUAUGAGUUCAAAUACAUGACUAUAAUAUUGAUUAGUUCUUAAGCUUUUCAUGGUGACCUGUCAUCAGUAAGCUUUUUAAUCUAUUGCUUGAUACAUUUUCAUAAUAUUGAACUAGAUUUACAGUCUCUAGUAGAUUUGGAAUCACUAAAUUGAUUUGUUCUGUAGUGUAGAUAAAUUUUGACACUCAAGAAAAAAAAUUAUAUUUUUCUUUUGAUAAGCAAUCGGUAAUUAUAACCUUUAGAUAAUGAAAAUGUGGUUAAUAAGUACUAUACGAUCAAAGAUUAUAGAAAUGUAUUGUGACUGGUCAAGUUUGUUAAGAUGGAUGUAGCCAGAUAUAGUGAUUGAUAUACCUAAAAACUGCAUACUAUGAAAGAGAAAGAUCUCUGAGGAUUUUGUUUCCUAAAUUUAUUGUCUGUAAGACUCUUUUUACUGCAAAUUUAAACAGAAUAAGUCAUGCCGGCAUGACUGCUGCUCUAAAAUAAAAUAUUUCACUCAUACAUAUUUUAAAUUAAAAAUUAUCAUUACUAUUUUUUAUAUCAAGAAACAAAGACGUUUUGUAUCAAAUACGUAAAAUUUACCAUUGAAUGCAAGAUAAAUAUAAAUCAAUAUCUGCUUAAAUGAUAUUGUAAAUUUUUCUUUUCUCUAAAUGACUAAUAAUAGUACUAAUUCUUCCUGACUGUGAUAUUAACUGAACAUAAAAGGUUAAGGUAAUAUCUGCAAACUGCAAUUCUGUUUUGCAAGCAAUUUUGCCUUAACAAUGAAGUUAAUUAUUUGAUCAAUUCUUGAUAUCGCUAUGAAAAUUUGUACCCAACACAAGUUUCAAACAUGAAAAGGAAGUGUCUUACAGGUAUUCUUUUACCACAGACAUUGUUAUGUUUUCAGUUCAACUUUAUCUUUGCAUCGUUCUCAUCUAAAAACUUGUGGAAGCGUAUGCUGACACAUUUUAUUGCUGUUUCUCUCUCAUAGUAAUAAAACAAAUAGUUUUGUUCAUCAUUUUAAAUAUUAAUGAGAAAUAUUUUUGUAAUAAUUUGAAAAUAAGAAGCUCAAGGAAACGAUCUUGAAGCAGAUAUGAUCAGAAUAAAUUUCCAAUUAUUUCAUUGUUCUGUUAACAGGAAAACUUUCAUAAUUAUUGUUGUUUCCAGCACCUGCCAAUCUGAAGAAGCACAAUCAUUAUAAACAAUUUGAAAUUUCAUAAUGUUACAUAACACAUGUACUGCAUGCCUCCAUGUUUCAAGUGAAUGAAUUAUUCAGUAUGAUAUUGUAGUGAGGAAUUUGUUACAUUACACAAGUAAGUGUUUGAUUAAACUGUGAUGCGUAGAUGUACUGGAUAGAAAAAAAAAUAUAUUGGUUGUUUGAGUAUGUCAUCAGAAUAAAUGAAGAAUUGAAUAAGCUAUGGAAAUAAACAUUAUUUUAUUAUUACUCAUUUUGAACUUUUAAUAUACUUCCAUAAGCCUUUGAUAUGUUUUUUGAGUUUUGGUCAUUAAUAAUUGCAGAUUAAAAAUAUUUCAUUUUAAAUUAAAACAUACAAGAGUUUUAAUUCUAUAAAAUUAUUUGCUGUUUGUGAGAAUAUCUCUCUUCUUGAUAUAGAAGGAAUGAACACUGAAUGAAAUAUUAGAUAACUAUUUGAAGAUUUACAUCCUGAAAUAAUUUUUAAACAUAUAAUUUUGUCCCAAAACAUUCCACAGUCGGUCUUAAACUCUUAUCUUAAUAAAAAAAGUGCUUAUGAAUUACUAACUGUCUCUUAGAUUCUUACUCUUAUUAACAUAAAGGAUUUUAAAUUCAAGUAAAUUUUCUUGGAACUGCAAUUCAAAUAAGUUAAUUAAAUACUAUUUUUUCCUUCUAUCUCAUGAUUCGUGAGUUAAAAGAUGAAUGAGUUAUUUAAAUGGCUCCUUUUAAAUUUGUAGUUUUAUCAAUAUUAAUUUGACUUGCUUUCAGAAAGUAACUUAAAAUGCUGAAGAUGAAAUAUGUGAACCAUUUAGAAUUAUUAUAUCUGUAUUAAUUAUGUACAUUAUUUCAACAUGAAUGUAAUUUUUUUGGCAGAAUUUGACAAAAUACAUAGUCAUAGUUUCAAUGAAGCACUUCAUGAAAUAUAAAAAAAUUUUGCAAGUUAUAAAUGUAUUAUCAUUUGUUCCAAGUUAACUUACAGAAGUUAUACAAAUAAGAAAGAGACCUUUUGACAUUUAAAAUUUUGCCUAAAAUAAUUUAAGAAAGGUUUCAAUGUUAGUCUUCAAGAUGUUAAGGAGUAAAGAAAGGUCCUUUGAUUCUUCCUACAAUAAGCUCAUCAGAUGAAAAGAAAUUUAUGGCAAGUAUAAUUGAAUAAAAAACAUAUUUCUAAUCAGAAAUUAUUUCAACUGUUACAUACUACUUAAUUAUCGAAAAAAAAGAUCUUUUGUCAUGAAAGGUGUCAAGGCAACUUAAUGAUAUGAUACUGCAUACUCCAUCCAUCCAAAACAGAGAUUUUAGCCUCUCUUCUCCCUAAAUAAUAACCCACACCAGAUAUAGAUAUAGGCUACUUGUGUGUAUAUGGAAAGCAGGAGGAAGUGUACAGUAACACUGGGAUAUGACUGGUCAAACAAAUUUGCUUUUCCUCUGUCUUACAAAAAUUACAGUAAGGAUUUCACUUGCCCUGACCCCUUCAAUUAAAUCCUAGAGAACUCUGAACUUAAUGAAAGUUAGGAAGCAAUAAAUAUCUCAUCUCAGAUACCAUUUGUGCAGCAAAGGAUAAAAAUACAGUUUAUCACUGAAUGAAAUACAUUAGAUCACUGAAUGAAAUUAAACUCUUGCAUAUUAUUUUAAAUUUUGUUACUCUAAACAUACAAUUAGUCAAAGUAUUUCGUUAUAAAUAUGAACUUAUCAUUCAGAAACAUCAAUUUUCAUACCAAAAAUUAAAUGACAAUAUUAAGUGAGCAAAUUGGGUUAUAGAGUGUGGGGUAGACAACAGUUGUUGAAAUUACUGAUAAAAAUAUGUCUUGCACUCAACUAACUGCUUGCUCUAUCAUUCCGGAAGCACAAAUAUAUGUGAAUAUCUAUAUUCUUUGAAACUUUUAGUCUUGUGAACAAUCCCACUUCCUUUUCCAACACAUAAAAAUUGAAAACUAGAACAUUUUACAUUUUAUAAUGCAAGCAUUCAGUGUGCAUUGCCUCUAUAAACCAUCACAAUCUACAACAAACUCUGCAAAGGAACAUUUUGAUUAAGAUGUGUGCCAUAUUGUACAUAACUUAUUUGUAAAGCUUGAUUUAAGAUUGAAAAGGUUGGUUUCCUAUUGAAUGUGAAGUAGCAAAAUCAAUACUGUGAUGAUUUAAAAGAAAGUGCUGCUUUGUGUUCAUUAAGCUUAUUAUCAUAAGAUAUUUGAGCGAGAAUAAUGAAUUCCAAGACAAUAGUACAGCUCUUAUAAACAAUUUUGAGUUGCAUCAGUAAAAAUAUGAUUUGUUACUGGGGCCUUGUAAUUGUGUACUUUAAAAUUUCUUCUUUGUGAUCUGCAAAAGUAAUGUACACUGCAAUUCAAAUGCAGUUAUGUUAUAUUUAUGGCAUAUUAUGUGGCAAGAAUAAAAGUGUUUUUAUUUUCAUGAAAAGUUCAGA